ACACUCUAUUUCUCACAGCCGCAAUCCUUUUUUGCAAACAUCAGCCUCCCUUCAUUAAAAUUACACGCUCUCGACUAUUUUAUACUUUUUUCGAAUCUUAAAAAGAUUGGACUGGUUCCUGUUUCUUUUAUAGACUUUUCUGGCUUUUUCACCUUUGAUACCCCCAUUCGAUAUUGAUUGUCGAUCGCUAUUACAGUAUACUACUACUUACUACCUUACUGUAUCAGACUCACUACUACGACUUUGAAACGAAACAAAACAUUCGACGCUUCACACAACACAAUGAAGUACACUAUCGCUGGCCUCUUGGCCACUCUCGCUACAUCUGCCUCUGCGCUUCCUAACAUCGCACGCAGCUCAUACCCCACCGCCUCAGCAUCUUCAUCCGCUGCUGCGCGCAUCCUCCUCGGCAACUCUGGCCACAUCUACGUCGCCGACUUCAGCCCCAAGACGGGCAAGUUCGAGCUCACUCUGAACCAGGAGAUCGAGGGCGGUAACUCAUGGAUGGCCUACUAUGACCCCAACCUGCUCUACGCCGUUGACGAGAACUCUGAUGAGCUGAGACUCUUCAAUCUUGAUCUCGAGGCUAAUAAGCUUACCCUCAAGACUAAGAAGGCCGGAAGUAUCGGCGUUGUUCAUCUUGAGUUUAACUCGGAUAAGACACGUCUUGUUGGUGCCGCUUAUGGAAAUGGUACCAUUGAUGUUUGGAACACUGAGAAGGGCGGCCUGGAGUUCGUCAAGACCCUCAAAUCUCCUGGAAAGCUUGGUCCUGAUAAGGAGCGCCAGGCUGCUUCUCAUCCUCAUCAGGCUAACCUUGAUCCUUCUGGUCGCUACUUUGCCGUUAACGAUCUCGGCACUGACUCUGUUGUCAUCAUCGACUCCAAGGACGAUGCUUACAAGAUCGCUAAGAACAUUCCCGUCGAGGCUGGCUGCGGUCCUCGACAUGGUGUCUUCUACCCUCGUGGUGGAAAGAAGGCUACCCACUACAUCGUUGCCUGUGAGCUGAGCAACCAGGCCCUCGUUUACUCUGUCUCCUACGAAGAGAACACCCUUGCUUUCAAGCACCACCAGUCCAUCUCUACCUACGGCAAGGAUGCUCCUGCUAAGGACCCUAAGACCGCCGCCGUUGGUGAGAUUCUUCUCGCUCCUAACAACAAGGACGUUUACAUCUCGAACCGUCUGUCCGGAAACGAGACCGACUCUAUCGCUCGCUUCACCAUCGCUGAGUGCGGGACUCUAACAUAUGCUGAUACCGUCUCAUCCGGUGGUCUUCUUCCCCGUAUGAUGAGCUUCAGCCGAACUGCUAAGCACGUUUUCGUUGGUAACCAGAACGGUACCAGCGGUCUCGUCGCCCUUCAGCGAGGCUCUGACGGCAAGCUUGCUGAGAAGCCUGUUGCUACUCUUCCUGGCUCUGCGUUUGGCGAGCCUUUGUUCGGACCUCAGUAUGUGCAGCAGAUCCUCCUGAACUAAUCUCGGAGAUGUUCACUGUACUAUUCUUUUCUUCUUCAUGGCGCUUUUGGUGUUUCUUGGGCUUGAUAGACCCUUGGAAAUCGGGCACGUUUUUAAAAAUUCUUAUUUAUUAGUCAACGAGAU